AUGUAUAAAAUACACAGAAUGAGUUCCAAACCCAAAAAUCAACUUAAUAAUUAUGCACGAUUCAUAAAUUUUAUUCUAAUUUUUUUAGUUUACCAACGUGCUAGUAGUAUUAUUGCAGCAGAGGUUCCUUUCCAAGAAUGGAUGCGUCGUCAUUUAAUUGGCCCUCGGGGGGCUAAUCUUCAUAAUUUGGUUCCUCAUCAAGAAAAUUUGCGUCUAGACUUUGAAGAAGGUUUAAUUUAUAUUGAAGGUCCACCAGAAGAAGUUUUGCAAGCAAAACAGAAAUUAUCUAAGGAAAUUACUCGUCUUGGAAAUGAAUUUUGUUCUGAAGUAAUGCAUGUUGCUCCAAGUUUGCAUAGGCAUAUAAUUGGAAAAAGUGGAUCUGUUGUGAACAAACUAAAAGAAGAUUUUGACGUCCAAAUUUUUGUGCCCAAUGAAAGUUUAAAAUCUGACUUAAUUCGGUUAGAAGGCAAAAAAGAAAAUGUUGAAAAAGUGCGUGAACAAAUCGCUGAUCUUGUUGAUAAACAACAAAAGCGUCAACAGCCGCCGCAAACUUUAAAUAAUAAUAUUCAAAAUAAUAAUACUCAAAAUGGUGUCAAAUCUAAAAUGGAGCAACCAACGGAUGUCGAAGUCAGAGAGCAACUCGAGGUUGACCCUAAACAUCAUCGACACUUCAUUGUUCGUGGUGCUGAAGUACUUCGUGAUAUUCAAUCCCAAUGUGGAAAUUGUCAAAUAUCGUUCCCAAAACAAGAAACCGGUGAAUCGACAGUUAUUAUUCGAGGUUUUAAAGAAAAUGUUGAGAAUGCUAAAAAACGAAUUUUGGCAAUUGUUGAAGAUUUGGAGGCAUAUACAACCACUCAACUCGAUGUCGACCCUAAACAUCAUCGUCACUUCAUUCUUCGCGGGGCAGAAGUACUUCGUGAUAUUCAAUCCAAUUGUGGCAAUAUCCAAAUUUCGUUCCCAAAGCAAGAGACUGGUGAAUCGACAGUUGUUUUACGUGGACAUAAAGACCAUGUUGAGGCUGCGAAGAAGCGUAUUUUGGCAAUUGUUGAAGAAUUGGACUCUUUGGUUCAAGAACAACUUGAAGUUGACCCUAAACACCAUCGUCACUUUAUUCUUCGUAGCGCUAAAGUUCUUCGCGAUAUUCAAAAUAAAUGUGGCAAUAUCCAAAUAUCUUUUCCAAAGCAAGAGACCGGUGAAUCGACUGUUGUUUUACGUGGACAUAAAGAUCAUGUUGAGGCUGCAAAGAAGCGUAUUUUGGCAAUUGUUGAGGAAUUGGAUUCAUUGGUUCAAGAAGAACUUGAUAUUGACCCAAAACACCAUCGUCACUUUAUCUCUCGUGGAGCCAAAGUUCUUCGCGAGAUUCAAACUGCAUGUGGAAACUGCCAAAUAUCUUUCCCAAAACAAGACAGUGUUGAAGCGUUGGUUAUCCUUCGAGGCAAAAAAGAUCAUGUUGAGGCUGCAAAAGAGAAAAUAUUUGCGAUUAUCGAAGAAUUGGACUUCCUUAGCGAAUUUGUUAUUCGUUCCCAGCAACAUACUCGUCGUGAACCUUCACCACCACCUUCAAAACAGGAUAACCAAAAUGUUGAGAUAACUGGAGCUCCGUGGCAACUUGACUCUCUUGAACAAUUUCCAACUAUUGGGAAUGGUCCUGCACCAACAUCAACCGUUCAAAAGCCAGUAGCACCGCUUGGAGGGCAGGCUUGUUGGGGUAAACAACGUUAA